UUCAAUAACACCGCCCGCUGGAUAGGUGCCAAGUUUCUUUCUUUCUCUCCUCAACCUCUUUUCCUCUUCCUCAAUUGCAUUGCGGGCGCGUAGAGCGAGUAUGAUACGUUCGUUAUGUUUUCCGCUUGUUUGGCUGGCGGGCCUUCCUCUGUCACUCGCUCAGACCUCGCUCUCGCUGUCGGCCCAGAGCAAGGCGUCGAACGCUGGUGUUUCCUCUCCGCUUGAUGCGAGCUUCGCGGGAUUUGGCAUCGAGCCUUCGAAUCUGUUCUCGUUUACCGGCGGCGAUGACGCGAACGACUUCUCCGUGCAGAUGAUGCAGAAUCUCGCCGAUUACUCCGGCGCCCCACCGCACAUCCGACUUGGGGGAAACACACAGGAUUACAUGGUGUUCGACUCAUCAUACAAUGACUAUGCGUGGAAGAACAAUCCGCAGUCGAGCGCGCAGGGAGCCAUCGCGGCGGAUUCCAUGGUCAUUGGGCCGUCGUACUUCAAGGCGCUCGACCGAUUCCCCAAGGAUACGCCGAUAACGUACGGAUUGAACCUCGCGUAUGAGGACUCCGAUUACGUGGACCGCAUUGUCGCAACGGCGCAAGCAGCUGUGGAUGGGAUGCAGAAUGUCAAGCUGUAUUCGUUCGAGAUUGGCAACGAGCCGGAUCUCUAUCUGCAGAAUCAGUUUCGCAGCGGAUCGUGGGAUGGCCAGACGUACACGGAGCAGUUCCUCGACCGCGCAGACGCCGUGUACCAACAAGUGCUGAAGCCCGCGGGACUGUCAGCGACCUUCUUCGAGCCCCCGGCAACCGCUUCGACAAUCGGCACGACUUUCGAGAUUGAGAUGUUGGUUCAGGACGGGCUGACGGACGAGAAGAACGGGAACAAGUAUGUGGGCUGGUGGAACCAACACGACUACUUUUACUUCAUCGGUGUAACGCCCCAAUCGCUUACCCUCGACGACCUCAUGGAUCUUGACGGCACCAACACGCAAUUCGCAUACUGGGAGAAGCAGGUUGGAAUAGGGCUCGAUACCGGGUUACCUUAUGUCUUGCGAGAAAUGAGCUCGGUCGGACCCAUCGGCAUGCACGGCGUCAGCGAUGUAUUUGGUGCCGCUCUAUGGACUCUCAACUUCUUCUGCUAUACCGCAAGCCUUAACAUUUCUUCGGUACAGAUGCACAUGACAGACAACUCGAACGCCAGCGCUUGGCAACCCAUCAGCAUGUACGGCAGGGACCCCUUCGUGCGUCCGCAGUACUACGCGCAUGCGGCCAUGGCACAGAUCGUCGGCAACGGUAAUAGUACUACCCAGAUCGGAUCCCUUGCCGUGAGCAGUGUCACUGGCGAGUACAAAGGUAGAAUACGAGCCUACACUGCCUAUGCGAACGGGGACCUCCAAUCAGUAAUCCUGAUCAAUUCCAUGCAAGCGAAUGCCUCCGAUGGCAACAAGGGCAGCUUUACAUUCAACCUCAACCUCGGCUCCAGCAAUAAGAACAAGAACGUCUACCUCUCCACCCUCACGGCAGAUGGCGCAGACUCCGAGUCCGGAAUCCUUUGGAACGGAAUCACUUUCGCAGACGGCUCGGGCAAAGCGAGUGUCUCAGAUAGCAGCGUUACCAUGAAGCGCACGGACGGGUCCGGCAAAGUCUCCAUAUCCGUUCGUGAUUCGCAAGCUGUGGUUGCAAACAUAAACUGGCUACUCGGCAGUAACGCGGUGUUGAAAGGCGACGGAUCGACGACGGAAGGCGCGAGGAAGAAGAGCACUGCCGGCCCAACGGCGACUGGAGGAGCUGGCACAGCUGCCUGGACCGGAGCCGUGACCACGACUCUCGCAUUAGCGAGCUCCGUCACCGGAGGAGGUUCGGCAGAAGAAACAGCGGCGUCAGGACAGAGAGGUGAAGCGCCGCCCAGGCGGAUGGGUUUGCGGGCAUUGAUGGUGUGUCUGGUUGCUGUUAUGAUCGCUUUUGUGUGCUUUGCAUGAUUCUUCGCACAAAGGUAUAUCCGAUGCAUCGAGGCGGCGUUUUGGGCUGGGGAUAUAGAGUUAACGGAUCCCGAAUGUGCGUGGAUUGUGCAUAGCUUGCCCACUUAGGCAUGCCUUUUGGAGGCUCU